CCCCUUGUUUGGCCUUCCUGAAGGUUGCUGUCUCUGGGGCUCACACAGGAUGGGAAUGUUGAGAAAAUCAGACAAGGAGCUGGGAUUUCCUGGGGCUAAUCAUGCAUCUCCUAAUCCUUUGCACACGGCCCUGCUGCUGCCAAUUAAUCCCCGCUGUGUCUGAGAGGCCAGCCGAGAGAAGCAGGAAGAAGGCAAGUCCUGGCGGUGGACAGCAUCCGAGCAGGUGUCAGGAUGUUGGGCUGGGUCCAGAGGGUGCUGCCUCAGCCCCCAGGGACACCUCAGAAGACCAAGCGAGAGGAGGAGGGGGCAGAACCAGGGCCAGAGUUGGAGCCGAAGCCCGAAACAGCCCCCGAGGAGGCUGAGCUAGAGGAAGUGUCCCUGCCACCGGAGGAGCCCUGUGUGGAGAAGGAAGUGGCUGCAGCUACUCUGGGCUCUCAAGGAACCCAGGAGACUGCUCUCACUCCGCCCACAUCCCUCCAGGCCCAGGUCUCUGUGGCUCCCGAAGCUAACAGCGGUCCCAGAGGCUCGGUGCUGACCUGGCUCAGGAAGGGCGUGGAGAAGGUUGUCCCGCAGCCCGUCCGCAGCAGCAGGCCCGCCCAGAACACUGCUGCUGGCUUGGAGAGUCCAGAUCAGCAGGCAGGAGCACAGAUCCUUGGGCAGUGCGACACUGGGGACUCAGAUGAACCCAGUGAACCCCCCAGGGCCGAAGACCCUGGGCCCGGGCCCUGGCUGCUCCGGUGGUUCGAGCAGAAUCUGGAGAAAAUGCUGCCUCAGCCCCCGAAAAUCUCUGAGUCUUCCUGUGAGUUCUCCUCCCUGGACAUGGCCCCUUCUCUUUCUCCCUCUUGCAGGUUGAUGGCCUGGAUCCUACACAGGCUGGAGAUGGCCCUGCCACAGCCAGUGAUCCGUGGGAAGGGUGGGGAGCAGGAGUCUGACGCCCCAGUGACAUGUGACGUGCAGACCAUCAGCAUCCUCCCUGGAGAGCAAGAGGAGUCGGAUCUCAUCCUAGAAGAGGUUGACCCUCACUGGGAGGAGGAUGAACACCAGGAAGGCAGCAUCAGCACUGGCUUGCGGAUCUCAGAGGAAGCUCCAGCUGAUGAAGAGAAGGGCGAGGUGGUGGAGCAGAUGCCCAGGGAGCUGACUCGGAUUCAAGAGGAAAAAGAAGAGGAGGAGGAGGAAGAGAAGGAAGACGGAGAGGAGGAAGAAGAGGAAGGCAGAGAGAAAGAGGAGGAAGAAGAGGAAGGCAGAGAGAAAGAGGAGGAAGGUGGAGAGAAAGAGGAAGAAGAAGGCAGAGAGAAAGAGGAGGUGGAAGGCGGAGAGGAGGAGGGAGACGAAGAGGAGGAGCAGGAAGUGACCUGGAAGCAGGAAGGAUUGGAGGCUCAUCCACCACUCAGGUCACACUGGCUCUGGAGUUCGCCUUGCAGACUCGGGGCUGGGCCGGGGCUCCCCAAUUCUCCACUGGCACGCACCAACCCGGGGCUUGGGAUGAAUGUCAUUGCCCCCAGCUGAGCUCCUGCAUCAUGGGCGUUCCUGUUGGCAAAGACAGCAAGACCCAAUCACAGUGUCCUGCUGGAUAGUUAUCUGGUGGCACAGAGUGAGGAGGACCAGAGUGAAGAAAGUGAAACCCAGGAGCAGAGUGAAGUGGGCGGAGCCCAGGACCAGAGUGAAGUGGGCGGAGCCCAGGAGCAGGACGAAGUAGGCGGAGCCCAGGAGCAGGACGAAGUAGGCGGAGCCCAGGACCAGAGCACCUCACACCAGGAGCUGCAAGAAGAGGCCUUGGCCGACAGCUCAGGAGUACCUGCCACGGAAGAGCACCCCGAAGUGCAGGUGGAAGACGCUGAUGCUGACAGUCGCCCCCUCAUCGCAGAGGAGAACCCACCCUCUCCCGUGCAGCUGCCCCCGUCUCCUGCCAAAUCUGACACCCUUGCAGUCCCAGGAUCGGCCACAGGGAGCCUCAGGAAGAGGCUGCCUUCCCAAGAUGAUGAGGCUGAAGAGCUCAAGAUGCUGUCACCAGCUGCAUCCCCUGUGGUCGCCUGGUCGGACCCCACCAGCCCACAGGGCACUGAUGAUCAGGACCGUGCAACCUCCACAGCCAGCCAGAACAGUGCCAUCAUCAAUGACCGGCUCCAGGAGCUGGUGAAGCUUUUCAAGGAGCGGACAGAGAAGGUGAAGGAGAAGCUCAUCGACCCUGAUGUCACCUCCGAUGAGGAGAGCCCCAAGCCCUCCCCAGCCAAGAAAGCCCCAGAGCCGGCCCCGGAAGUGAAACCAGCUGAAGCGGGGCAGGCAGAGGAGGAACACUACUGUGAGAUGCUCUGCUGCAAGUUCAAACGCCGCCCCUGGAAGAAGUACCGGUUUCCCCAGAGCAUCGACCCGCUGACCAACCUGAUGUACAUCUUGUGGCUCUUCUUCGUGGUGCUGGCCUGGAACUGGAACUGCUGGCUGAUUCCCGUGCGCUGGGCCUUCCCCUAUCAGACACCGAGCAACAUCCACCUCUGGCUGUUGAUGGAUUACCUGUGCGACCUCAUCUACCUCUUGGACAUCACCGUGUUCCAGAUGCGCCUGCAGUUUGUCAGAGGCGGGGACAUCAUUACGGACAAAAAGGAGAUGCGCAACAAUUACCUGAAAUCUCAGCGCUUUAAGAUGGACAUGCUCUGCCUCUUGCCCUUGGACUUACUCUACUUGAAAUUCGGUGUGAAUCCCCUGCUGCGCUUGCCCCGCUGUUUGAAGUAUAUGGCCUUCUUUGAGUUUAACAACCGCCUGGAAUCCAUCCUCAGCAAAGCCUACGUUUACAGGGUUAUCAGGACCACAGCCUACCUGCUCUACAGUUUACAUCUGAACUCAUGUCUGUAUUACUGGGCGUCGGCCUAUGAGGGCCUCGGCGCCACUCACUGGGUUUAUGAUGGCGUGGGAAACAGGAAUCAGUGCCCGGCCAUAGUGGGGACUUGGUCAGCUGUGGUGACAGAGGCAGAGGAAGAGUUCAGGCCCAAGGGGCUGCGAGUCCCCUCAGGCAGGCCUUGCCUCACCCUGGGCUGUGCCCUCAAGUGA